AUGGAGAUCUCCACGUACAUUUUCUGGGGAAUUGCCCUCCUUCUCGUGUUCGCACCGAUCACGGCGUCGCCCGAGCUGGACACCCUCCUGGCCUCCAACACGUCCGUGAUUGUCGACUUCUACGCGGACUGGUGCCCUCCGUGCCGCGCCAUUGCUCCCGUCUUCUCUCAGCUGGCCGACGAGUACGCCGUCACGGGCCACGUCGCCUUUGCCAAGGUCAACGUCGACAACGUCAAAGACGUCGCGGCCAAGUAUGGCGUGUCUGCCAUGCCCACGUUUGUUGUCUUCCGCAACGGCAAGCCCGGGGGUGUCGCCGUGGAUGGUCUGCAGGGGAGGACGUCUGUGAACACGGGCGCGGACGGCGCGGUGGAGAGGGUCUUGGGAGCGGAUCGGGUUGCGCUGGAGGCUAUCGUCAAAGCUGUGGCUAGCAAAUAA